ACCAAGCAAAGACAAAGGAGACGGAGCUGCCAAAAGGUAAUAGAUGACUUAGAGUGGAGGUGUGAGGUCUUUACCCACCUGGAGCUACUGAAAGACCCGCAGGUUUGUUCUUGCUUGCAACUGGAUGCCUAGAGGUGGUCUUUGGUCUUCCACAAGAAGAUGCCAUGACGGCCACAAGUGGACCAAAUCGGAAGAUGAUGAACCUUCAACUGCGGCUCAACCAACUCAUCCUCGCAUUCUUUUGUGUUUCUUUUACAGGGGCGUCAGAAAUAGAGCGGCAGCUCCAUCAGAAGAUCUUUACGAACUACAACCUGAAGGUGCGGCCCGCUCAGUACUGGGAGGAGAGAGUGAUGGUGCGGGUGGGGAUGACCCUUUCCCAGCUCGUCAGCUUGAAUGAGAAGAACGGAGAGAUGACGACCAACGUUUUCAUGAAUCUGGAGUGGAGAGACUACCGCUUGUCAUGGGACCCAGAGGAUUAUGACAACAUUAGUGUUUUGAGGAUUCCUGCCAACAAGGUGUGGCGUCCUGAUAUCUACCUCAUAAACAACAAUGACGGUCAGUUUGAUGUAGCUCUGUAUGUCAACGUCUUGGUGUACAAUGACGGCACAGUCAACUGGCUCCCGCCGGCCAUCUACCGCAGUUCUUGCUCUAUCCAGGUUGCAUAUUUCCCCUUCGACUGGCAAAACUGCAGUAUGAUAUUCCGCUCAUAUACCUACGACGCCUCGGAAGUGGAAUUGCAGUAUUUUCUGGAUGAUGAAGGCAAGGAGAUCCAGGAGAUUGUCAUAGAUGAGAACGCAUUCACGGAGAACGGGGAGUGGGCCAUAUGUCACAAACCCUCGAGGAAGAACAUCAAGGACGACCUGUAUGAGGACAUCACCUUCUACCUGAUCAUCGAGAGGAAGCCUCUGUUCUACAUCAUCAACAUCAUCGUUCCCUGCAUUCUCACAAGCGUCCUGGCUAUUUUUGUCUUCUACCUUCCCCCUGGAGCAGGCGAGAAGAUGACCCUUUCCAUUUCGGUCCUGAUUGCCUUGACUGUCUUCAUGCUCCUGCUGGCGAACAAGGUCCCCGAGACAUCGCUGGCCAUUCCCAUAAUUGUCAACUACGUGAUGUUCACCAUGAUCCUCGUCACCUUCUCUGUCAUCCUGAGCGUGGUCGUCCUCAACUUGCACCACCGCAGCCCAAGCACGCACAUCAUGCCCAACUGGGUUCGGAAGCUCUUCAUUGACUUCCUGCCAAAGUACAUUGGGAUGACCCGACCAGAGCCCGACGAGUGUCUGCUGAAAGACGAGUCUUGCAACGAAACCCCCGUACCCACCUUCAACGGACGUCAGCCCGGAGGGGAGUACUUCUUCCGCAAGAUCAACCCCGAUCUUGUCAUACCCUGGAGAGGCAGGUGUGACAGUCCUGUGCAGCUUCAGAGGCUUCCUGAAGCAGACGGAUUCUGUCUGAUUCUUCCUCCCAACCUGAAGUCAGCCAUUGCCGCCGUGACUUACAUGGCAGAGCAACUGAAGAAGCAAGACACGGAUGAUUCGAUAACAGAGGACUGGCAGUUCAUCGCCCUGGUGGUGGACCGUCUCUUCCUGUGGCUCUUUGUCGUCAUCACCACGUUGGGCACCUUGGCCAUGUUCUUGGAUGCCAGUUUCAACUACACGCCAGACAACCCCUUCCCAUAAGGGGGCGCCAAACCGCCCUUCAUACAAACAAUGCAUCCAAGGGGUCAUGUUGUUGCUUUGUACUUCCAACGCAGCUCAACAUAAGACUUUUCCAUUAUCGUGUUUGUUAUUAUCAACAAAAAUGUCGCCUAUCAGUCAUAAAAAUAUGUCAUUAUGUUAGGUAAUUAACUUAAACGAUGCUAUGUGUCCAUUAUUUAUGUUUAAAAGAUAAGAAUACACUGUAAAUGCUAAUAAUGAUAAGAAUAGAGUGUUUGGCAAGUGCAGGUUGUGGUGUAGGAGUUUGCCCGCUAGAGGGGAGCAUUGAACCUGCAUUUCAAAGUACAUGGACCACAGAAGUUCCAUAGAGAACAUAGAAGCAACUCUUUGUUAGUUGAUUGCAGGGCAAAGUGGCAAAAACAAUUACAAGCUAUCUCUGCACUUUCAUUUCCUUAUAACAACACAAAUUAAACGCUUUAAUCCAAAGGUUUAUGCACUACAGACCCAGCAGCUUGCUUUUAGGCACACAACAAAACACUCCAGGACAUUAAUUGGCUUCCAAAGUGUGUGAUGUCAUUAGCUGUUUUUCCUGCUUGCUGAUGUGCAGCGACAGAGCGAGUGUUCACACGGUGCAAAUAUGUCUUUAAUAAGAGAAAAGAAGGCCUCUCUCUGUCUCCAGAGGACCACAGUCCACUGGUCCCUGUCCCGCUUCUGGUUCAACACUAAAGUUACAUAAGAGCCUCCAGCGAGGAGGAUACUGAGCGUGAAGCAAAAGGGCGCCGUCCCCCUCAUUUG